GCUAAUUGAAAUUGUUGCAGAAUACAGCGCAUUGGAAAUAAAGCAAUUUUGCAUAUCUGGCAUAGGGAAGUUGUACAAUAUGUGGAUGGAUCUGUUAUUACUAUUGGCUCCUAACAUUUAAAAUGAUAUUUACCAUCACAUGCUUUAUUUCUACUUCUGAUAUAGGUGUUGGCUGCUGUGGUGUCAUGGCCGCCUUGUAUACACACAGAAAGCUGCCAUCUUGUGAAUGGCAAAGUAACAGUUGGGUGCUACCACUACUGGUCAACUCAGAGCGGUUGAGCUUCUUAUGAGAGACUCAGUGCUUUUUGUUGCCCUUGCGAUUUUAGUGCGAUUUAUUGAGAUUUUUGUGAGAUUUUGCCUUUCAGAGAGAUUUCUUGUGCUUUCUUUGAAUACCCCUUGCUGCGUAGAGGAAAGUGCUUUUAAGCAUAUUCUCUACUGCAAGCAUGGUGUCUGUAUCCAAGAAAAGACGAAGAGAAGAAGAGAAGACUACAGAUGAAGAAAUGAUGACGAAGAAGAUCAAACUUGAGGAUAACAUCAGUAUUGCUGCCAAUGACCAUCAUGUGAAUAUAGAAAGCAGCAGAAAGAGAUCAAGGAGCAGUGAAGACAGUGCCACUGUAGAAGAAAGAAACAGCCAGAAGCGACGGCGUAUUGAAGCUGAAAGUUUGCCGGAACACAUGCUAACCAACUACAAGUUCCACUGGGGUCUCGGCCGAGGCUCAUUUGGCAAAGUGUUUUUGGCUUCUACGCAAAUGAAAAAAGAACGUGUGGCUGUAAAAGUUAUCAGGAAGACACCCAAGGAAGAGCAGAAGGAUAUGAUCCAGAAGGAGGCCAGAAUCCUGAAGGUUACUUCCGGCAGUCCAUUCUUGUGCCAUGGCUAUGCAGCCUUCCAAACCAACCAAUACGCCUUCCUCGUCAUGGAGUAUGCAGGGGGAGGCAGCCUCAGUAAUCUUCUGUCCAUCAAGCAUCAUCUGAAAAAAAGACACAUCAUCUUUUACUCAGCAGAACUGAUUUGUGGACUUCAGUAUCUCCAUUCUCUAGGCAUCAUCCAUCGUGACCUAAAGCCUGGAAACAUCCUGCUUACCUGUGAAGGACACAUGAAGAUUGCUGAUUUUGGAGUUGCAGCCGAAGGAGUUUUUGAUGACAAUACCAUCGGUGAAAAAACAGGAACAAGCUGGUACAUGGCCCCAGAGAUGCUAGCUAAUAAGAAGUACAAUGCAGCAAUAGACUGGUGGUCAUUUGGGAUAAUACUCAGCGAAAUGGCCACUGGAAGAUCCCCUUUUGAGGACGACAGCUGCAAACAUGAUGUGAAAAGUUCCAUCCUCACUGAGAAGCCGGUGUUUCCUGAAUGGAUGAGUGCAACAUUGCAAGAUCUCCUUCAGAAGCUUCUCAAAAAAAGACCACACAAACGUCUUGGAGUGAAUGGAAAUAUAAGGGAACAUCCACUUUAUAAGAAUAUCAAUUGGGAGGAUGUUGAACGUCAAAGGAUUCCACCACCAAUCCGACUGGAAGAUAAUCACCCUGAAUCUACAACUGCCAACCUGCCAUUCCUCAAAUGCAACACCACUAAAGAUUCAGAUGACACCAUCCUCAAAUGCUUUACAUAUCUGAAUCCCAGCUGGUAGGAGUGAGUAAGUCUGUGAUGUCUUGGCUUAGCUACUAACAUCCUAUGCCAACUUUGUAUCUACUCAUUCCUAUGCCUGCUGACUUGGUACCUGUAAGUCAUCCAUUGGUAUAACUAGCUGCACAUACAGCUCACUUUCCAUCAUUACCACCACAAGCAACACUAUUUGUUUAUUGAAUAAUGUGCUAUUUAUGCUGAUAUUUUAAGGUUUUGUGCAGUUGUCCCCCUACUUCUGAUGAGGGGUCAUGUCCUUGGUAAGCCUAUGGGAUCUGAGGCAAUUUUAAGUGGUUUGCAUAAGAAUCCUAAGACAUCAUCUAAAUAGGAUGGAUCAAGUUCCUGCCCCUCUUUCCCCUAACCUGAUCACAAAUGAGGAGGUAGGGAAAGGGAGUCAAAACCCCACCACAGUUAGGAAUUAAGACAACCUCUAUGCAAGCCUUUAUUUUAAAAUUACCCCUUAUACCAUUGGCCAUAGGGUAGGGUUUGGGUGGGCCAAGGACAUAGCCACUCAUUCAGAUUUGGGUUUGAGAGACAAUGUACAGUUUUAGAAUGUAACAAAUGCAACACCUAUAGUAAUAAUCUGUUGUCCAGGGAGUUAAAGAUCCUU